AUGGUUUGGAAUGUAGAAUUAAGUAACAUUGUACAAACCGGAGUGGAUAUGAUAAAAACCCUGAAUAUACCAGAAUUGUCACAGGAAGUUUGCAAUCUUAUAAAAGACAAAACAAAAUUUACUUCCUGUCAACAGCUAAUAGACUUUCUCAUACCUCUGCGCCAUCAUCCAAGAUUUCUGUCAGAAAAUGUACAAGAUCUUCUACAACUUAGCGAAAUAUUGUCAGGCAUACAUACAUCUAGACAAGUGAAUAAUUACCUAAAAGAUAUCUGGCAAAAGCCUUCUGUAAAAAACGAAUACUUGCGCUACAAGGAAAGAUGUCACAACACUGACUGGGUCUUGCGCAUUGCAUGUUUUGCUUCGCUUCUGAACUUAAAACUGGAUGCUACCCAGUAUUGUCAAAAACUUGAAUAUAAACUUAUGGCAGAAACACCAGAAUGGCUUGCCAACUGGUGUCCUCCGGAUGAAAUACCAGGUGCGUUAUUGGUGGAAUACCACAAGGAAAAGCUGACAGUAGAAUGCAUUGCUAACAGAUUCAUAGAAGCAUUUAAGUGGCUGCAAAUCGAAGAGGCGGAUCCAAUGAAAUCUUUCAUAAGCUUCACGAAAUUUGUGGAGACUCUUUCGUUCAGAAAUCAACCAAACAUUCUACCUGACGAAGCUAUGAUGCUAUUCUGGCUCGAAAUCUUCGUGUCGCUUGCUAUGUUCCUUCUAGCAAAGUCAUCAACUGCUGAGACACAUUUUGUUUUGCCUGCCACAUACCUAGAUGCAGUCAGGUUUGCAGAUUUAAUAUUAAGAAUACAAAGUCGACCAAUUCAAGAACUUGUUCACUUGUGCAGCAACCACAAGGUUGAUCUUUUGUUGGAUAAUUUCCAGAGCAUAGUUGGAUUGGUAUGUGGUUACCAAUCACCAAUGGGUUUGCUCAAGCUCUUCUUUGUUCAAAAUAAAGGUGACUUUUUAGCUGCUGAACGAUGCUUGGUCCUAGCUAUGACCGUCUUGGUGAAUGUUGGUUCCUUGCUUCCAGUCAUCUACGAAGAUUACAUCGUGAAGUCAAUUGCCACUUUAAAGCUGUCAGAGUCGGGACCACGACGCCUGCACAAAAUCCUUGAAGCUGUUGCUCGAUCAAACAGUGCCCAUGAUAUUGCUGCUAUACUACAACACCAUCUGAAAAAUCGGGAAGAUGAACAGCUGCUUGAUUGUUGGUGGAGUUGGAAUAGUGACGAAAAACAAGGAGUACAGUUUUGUCAGUUCACUGACUUUUCGAGGCUGCCACACAAGUGGUUUUCAACCUUUAAGCUGGGACAACAAACUAGGGCUGCCAACACAAUUCAGCGAUUCUUCAAGAAUAUCAUCAUGAAGCAUAAUAUUACUAAUCUGGCAAGGAGAGCACUUUACCAAGAGAUGCUUGAGGUGUUUGCACCAUUUGCUAUCAAGGAGACAUUUUGUGGUGUGUGUGGAGUUCCUUUGAUUACUUCAGAGACUAAAGAAAAUGCCUCCAGUUCAGAAGAUCAGAGGGAUGCCACUGCUUGGAACACUGCAAACCUGUGUUUGCCUCGUACGUCAGAAGGUCUCACACCCUGGAGGAGACGAUCAGACACUUUAGAGACACACCUUGCUUCAGAGAAACACAUUGAAAAGAAUGCACAGUUUGAAAGAUUCAAGAAAUUGUAUUAUGCGGACAACAUGCGAAAACUUCUCCAUGAGCUUAGCUACUUUGUAGGGUUUCACAAGCUACGGAGUCCUGACAUGAAAGCUGAUUGUUAUGCUGAUAUAUCCCUCGAUAUCGAUCGUCUGCUGUCAGAGAUGGACACAGUCAAGAGUAUUCUUCAGAGCAUGAUGGAGAAUCACAGCUGGAAGAAAAUUAAAGAACUGCGACAUGCCUUGUUUACUUUAUACCAAGAUUACCUGUUUGGACGAGCAGUCAUAGCAAGAAAGUUCCAUGAAUACAAGGAAGAACAACGGAUGAAGCCCCACGAGAAAUCCGGAUCUUUCCGAAGUAAACAGUCCAAUAGUAAACAAAACAAAUUACGUCGCCAGUUUGGCCUACCACCACGUCUGCAUCGCCAGUUGAAUAUGAAUUAAGAUUCACAACAGUCAGACUGACGAGGAUGGCGGCCAUGAUGAAUUUUCAAACGUUUUGAUGAAUUCGUUGUAUAAUACACGUGGUUACUACUAUAUGUGUGCGUAUGCAGGGAUUCAUUGUAUAAUACACGUAUUUACUACUAUAUGUGUGCGUAUGCAGGAAUUCAUUGUAUAAUACACGUAUUUACUACCAUAUGUGUGCGUAUGCAGGAAUUCAUUGUAUAAUACACGUAUUUACUACUAUAUGUGUGCAUAUGCAGGGAUUCAUUGUAUAAUACACGUCUUUACUACUAUAUGUGUGCAUGUGUAGGAAUUUAUUGUAUAAUACAUGUCUUUACUACUAUAUGUGUGCAUGUGUAGGAAUUUAUUGUAUAAUACACGUCUUUACUACUAUAUGUGUGCAUGUGUAGGAAUUUAUUGUAUGAUACACGUAUUUACUACUAUAUUUGUGCGUAUGUAGGAAUUUAUUUAGGAUUUGUCACCAUGGUCCCAUGUCUGACAAGAUUAGGAAAAUGAGUGCAGUUGAUUCACAAGUGGGAUAAUUUUAAGCCAGUGGAUGAUGCAUUGCACUGUUAUUAACUUAAUUUAUCAGAGCAUACUUAAUUACAGAAAUAUCCACAUGAGAAGUUGGGAAUGUUCACAUUUCAAAUUGGUGUGUGUACAUAUAUAAUCUUACAUUUUCAGUGCAAUCAAAGUAUGUAAUAUUUUGCAGCUCACAUACUUUUAAGAUUUGAUCACUUUGGCGCAGGGGAUAAUUAAAUCCUUUCUGGCCUCACAAAUUUUCCCAUGCCGUUGCUGGGACUCGAACCUGUGGCACCGAA